AUGUCAAAUCCCGUGAUGGCUGUGAACCCCUUACUGACAGCAUCGGGGCAGCAGAGGAUUCCACUUGUUCCCACGCCAUUUGGACCUCCAAUUGUGGAUAGAGAUGUGUUGCCUCCCACUGUAGGUCCAACUGACCCAAGGCAGUUUUAUGUUCCUUCCCAUUUUGGAUCCUCUAUUCUACCCAAUGCAAAUAUGCCAAAUAUGUUGUCUAACCGCAUCUACUCAGGUUGGGGCUUUUUGCCACCUGAGUCCAUAAGGGCAGUGAGCCGAAGAAAUGAAAUGAUUCGAAGGCCUCAUGCUGCCAGGGCAGAAAUGGAAAUGUAUUCUAAUUACCAGCAAAGGAAAUUGGAAAAAUUUAACCCAAAGGGACUAGGUGGCUUAGAGAUGCCAUUCCUCUAUGGUUCCAGUGUCCCACCUUGCCCAGCCAUCUACCAAGGCCAGAGCAUGCUCCCAGCCAGUGACCUGCAUUUUCACAGAAGUACCCUCAGAAACCUUCGGGGAAACCCUAUUCUGGUAGCAACCGGACCACACUUUAUAGAAAGCUGGGGGCAGAAAUAUUAUCGACUCAGGAGGGGUUCAGGGAAUCAGAAACCUCUUAACAGUGAUUCUGAGAGUUCCAAAAGUCGAGCAGAAGAAAAAGCCCUACACCAGACACAUGCAAUUCCACACGAAGAGGAUGAGCAUGAAACAGACCCAGAAACUGAAAUAUGCAACAAUCAGAAGUCAAGCAAAACCAGUGACAAACCAACUACAACUGUCACCAACCCCUGUGGAGCACUCCAGCCCACUAAUGGAAAACCCCAAGGAGCUCAUGCUGCUCCCCUGGAGGUGAAGACCUGGGGUGGUGGGAAGCAGAAGGCUUCAGAGCCAGGUGUUGAAGCCUGUGAUGGUGAAACAAACAGAGUUUGCCCUCCAGUUCCUCCACUGUCUCUGCCAGGAACACAUGCACUGGUUACAGUCGGGGAAAAUCUUUCUUUGGAUGAAGAUAUUCAGAAAUGGACCGUGGAUGAUGUACACAACUUCAUUAGAAGCCUUCCAGGUUGUUCAGACUGUGCUCAGGUAUUUAAAGAUCAUGCAAUUGAUGGAGAAACUUUGCCAUUACUCACAGAGGAGCAUCUUCGAGGUACCCUGGGAUUGAAGCUAGGGCCAGCACUAAAAAUUCAAUCACAGGUAUCUCAACAUGUGGGAAAAAUGUUCUACAAGAAAACUCUUUCACUUCCUACCCAUACAAGACAAGAAUUUGAUCAACCAGCAGAUACAUCUCCUCUUUUGGAUUUUAAUUCAUGGAGUGAUUUGAUGAACAUUCCUUGUCCCCAGGAUAUAAGAAUUCCUGAAAGAAUUGAGCAAGACAGUUCAAGAAAUUAA